AUGGCUACCCAGCUCGCCCCUCGUCUCGUCACCAGUGAGGACACGGGCUUCGGAAGAAACCUCUCUGCGCCGGAGGGGCGGACUGACGGAGCGGUCACCUCCGUCGAUAUCGAGGCUCUGGGGGUACGGGGGAGCUCGACUCCACACGGUCUAUGCGCCCUAUACUAUCGCACCCGCUCCCUACUUAUACUUAUCGCUUACCCUCCUUACCCUCCUUACCCUCCCUUCCUCUUCCUCUUCCUCUUCCUCUUCCUCCUCCCCCUCCCCCUUCGUCCGAGCAGGGCAAGAUUUCCCAUGAACCCUAUCCGCCAACUCUCCCCUAGUCGUGGCAACGGCUCACGUCUCGGCAAUUGUCGUCGCACCCGUAACGCUCGGGAACCUUCGCAGGACUCUCCUACCAUCGGGAAAAGGCGGGAUGCCCGACCAUUCCACGGCAAACGACAUCAUCGCGACCUCUCGAAGGUGGGGCCGCUCCGCUCGGCUUCCACGCCUACUUCAUCCUUUCGGCUGCGUUUACAGACUAACCUCCCAGCCCGACGGGCUACCAGGCAGUCCCCCUCGGCCGACCAGUGCCUCUCCUACAACACCCGCAGGCGGAUCCUUUUUUUUCCCGCAUUCCCCGUGACAUGGACACUUUCGUUUCGUGUGAAAAUUGCAUUCUCUUUUUCUUCCAAAGACCAGGGUCGGGCCAUUCCCGCCCCACCUCAGAGCAAGUAUUUGCUAGAUUACAUGGACGCCUCCGUCCUGCUCCAGCAUAGGCGCGCGCACCGGUUUCCAUUCAGAUGCCCAUCCGAUAUCCGAUCCACCUGA